UACUUUCAAUACGUCUACGUUUAAACUUUAUAUUUUUUUAAAACUUCCUCCUUGGUUUGACAAUCAACAUUUAAGAAAGGAAAAUGCCUCAAUUAAAAAGAUGUGCAUUUAUUUUUAUUAGUUGUGCAUUUAUCAAUAAGUUAGUUGCCGGACAAUAUGCAAGUUCAUGCAUGGAAUUCUACCAAACAGACAGUAGUAUUUCAAGCGGAGAAUAUAUGAUUUAUCAAAACGGCAAUUCCAUCAAAGUAUAUUGCUCCUUUGAGGAAGAGUGGAUAUACACCUACAUUUCAAAAGAUUCUUACAACACGUCAGUGGAUAUUUCAAAAUUAUACUCAACCAAUGACUUUGCUAAAUUAAGAAUUCUCUUUAGCAGCGGUACCCAAAAAGAAGUUAUCGUAGAAAAUUUGUUACAGCUUCAAAACAGUUCUACCUUAUACUUCGGAUAUAACAGCAAUAUUUAUUACCAAGGUCCGACCCUUAGAAAUACCAAUAUGGCGCCAUAUUUAUUUCUUGGAUUUUUACCAAUAAGCCUGGCCAAAGAAAAAAGUGAACAAGGAUAUCGUGCUGCAAAACAAGACUUUAUUUUCACUAACUGUGACGCCAGUCCAAACAGUUAUAUAACCUUCUACUAUAAUCCAAAUAAAACAUAUCCUGGUAUAGUUGGUAGUAGUAGUAACUUUAUGAACGGUUGGAUUACUCGCUCUUCUACAUUAAACAGCAGUAAACAUAUGGGAAAUGAAUUUUAUUUUGAUUUUGAGAUGAAUAUGGGAGGUUGUGGUGGAUUUAUGACGUCAUAUUCUGUGAACAAUAUCAGCGCAGCCUUAGGAUUACCUGUCUAUAAAGACUAUACACAGACACCAACAACUGUAACUAGUACAACGACAGCGCUCAGUACGGCAUCUAUAAAAUGGAUCAUCGUAUCUAUAUUGGUUUUUAUAAUCAUGAUAAUAGUUACCGCUUUAGUGAUCAUCGUAGCUGUUUGUCACAGAAAAAAGAGAGCCAAAAAUUUAAAGCAUUGUCAGAUUCACCAAAUUACAAUUGCAACAGAGAGGAUCGAUUCAUCUGACUAUAACGUUAUAAACUACAAUGAAAUGACAAAUGAGACUCGUACAACACAACGUCAAGCGCAAAACAUUAAGACGUCGAUUGAAAAGGAAGAUAACCUUUGCAACAAGUACGAAACAUUAUCAACAAAUCGAAACACAGUUGAACACAUUUAUGAAUCAGACUCAAUCCAUACCAAUCAAUAUGAAUCAUUAACAAAACAACAGGAACUUGAUGAACAUACAUAUGAAUCUACAGAACAUGCGUUACCGUUAUCGAUGGAACAGGAGCUAUGUCAAUAUCAGUCGCUUACUUCCCCUCCAGAAUCAGAUAAACAUGUGUAUGCGUCAACAGCGUCCUCGUAA